AUGAAUCCGCUUGUGUUUAAUGGUAACAAGCUACGCUGGAAGUUUGAAGAUAUCAAGAAUUUGACUGAAGAGACAGUUUUAAGUAAUAAAUUCACAAUUGGACCAGUUGAUUGGGUUAUUAAGAUUUGUUUGACUACAUUUAAAAAUGUUGAAUCGUUAACAGUUCGAUUGGCAUACGAUUCAGAAAACAAGAAUGAUGCAAAUUGGAUUUGUGAAAUGAAAGGACAAUAUAAAAUUUUGAGACAAUCUGGAGCUGGAAAUCAUUUGAGCCGUAAGAAUGAAGCGUGCUAUCACAAAGAAAUGUUCAUUUCACACGGAUUAAGGAUGAUAAAAUGGAAAGAUUUUUUAUCCGAAUCAGAAUCAUACAUUAAAGAUAAUGCAGUUAUUGUUGAAAUCGACUUCAACUUUCGAUAUUAUGAUUUCUCUAAGAACAUUGAAAACAUUACUGAUAUGAUUGUAACUGUGAAUGAUACAGAAUUUCAUCUGAAUAAAUGGGCGAUGGCCUCAAGAUCAGAUUAUUUUCAAAAUCUAAUUAUGAACACGAAACCAGCUGCAAUGGAAAAAGUAAAACUGGAAGAUAUCACAACUGGCCAAUUCUGUUUGCUGUUGGCAUCAUUCUACCCAUUCUUCAAUAUUGUGUCUGGUAAUAUUUUCCAGAUUCUUCUUAGGUUGAGGAUUUUUUUUAAAUUUCCAUUCGUACAGGCAAAUAUCACAUAACUAUGAUGGAAGUUGCUCGAAAAUUUGGUGUUCCUUCACUUCAUCAAAAAAUCGAGCAAUAUUUGUUGAGCGAUACCAAAUUAAAGUUGAUUGAGAAAAUCAAAUAUGCUGAUGAAAAUGACUAUGAAGAACUUAUGGUAGGCAACAUUUUUGUAAAGACUCAAAUUCUUAAGUCAUAUUUUCAGGAAAAAUGCAUCGAAUCAUUGAAAACCGGAGUUUCUAUCAAAAAUUUGCAAACUGACGAGAUGUUUCAUCAAUUGAAAGAAACUACAAAGUGGAGAAUCAUGAAUCGCUUGUUGGACUUUUUCUAACUUCCUCUUACCGUUAUUUUUAAAUGUUAAUGUUGUUCUGAAAUAAAGUUUAUUUUUUACAUCUUCGUUUUAUUCGAUAAUUUUAAAAGGGUUCUUUACCCGGUAUAAUUAUCUCAAAGUUUUCAAUAUCUCAUAUUCGAAAAUAUUUUUUUAUUGCAGAAUGGACCCAGUUGUCAAUAAUGCGAAUAAAAUUAGAUGGAAGUUUGAUGAUAUCAAGAGUUUGACUGAAAAAUAUUUUGUAAGUGAUAAAUUCACGAUUGGUCCUGUUGAUUGGUGAGUUUCAAAACUUCUUAAGUUGCAACAUUUCUGAAGUUGAUUUCAGGAUUAUCAAAGUGGCGAAAGAAGUCACGAAUGAAGUCGAACAUCUUUCUGCUUAUCUUCAUUUCAUUUCAGCUAACAAAAAUGAUAAAAAUUGGUUAUGUCAAGUAGAUGGAAGAUUCAAGUUACUCAAACAAGAUGGAGCUGGAGAACAUAAAAUCGGAAAGUUAGAAACGUGUUAUCACAAGGGCUUAUUUUUGUCAUAUGGUUCUGAUAUUUUGAAAUGGGCUGAUUUGCUAUCAGACGGAAAUGGAUUUAUCAAAAAUGAUUCGAUUAUUGUUGAAGUCGAGUUUAAUGCUCGUUAUUUUGAUUUUUCCAAAAGAAUCGAUGGUUUUACUGAUAUCAUUGUCAACGUUGAUAAAACCGAUUUUCAUGUUAAUAAAGGGGUAACAGUUUUAUUCGUAAAUCAAUCAUAAAGGGAUGUUUUUAUUUAGCUUCUCUGUUCAAAAUCCCAUUAUUUUUAUGAUUUAUUGGUCGAUAAGAGAUGUCAAGAAAGUUCUAUUGAGUUGUCUGAUCUGACAACUUUUGAAUUUUGCAAUAUUGUCGCAAACACAUCCCGAUUUUAUGGUGACUAUCUUGAUGUUAAACUUGAUGCACAAAACAUGGAUUUGAUCGAACUCGCGAAAAAAUACGGUGUUCCAUCACUUCAUCAAAAAUGCGAACAAUAUUUGAUCUCGAAAAAACCGAAGCUUGAAUUGAUUGAAAAAUUAAAAUAUGCAGAUGCAAAUGAUUACGAAGAACUUAUGGUAUGUUUAUGGGACAAUUCACGAAGUUUCGAAACGUCAAGAAACUUGUUUCACACUAAACACAAAUUAAGUUUUGCGGCAUUUUGUACCACGUUUUUUGAUGUUUUGAAACUUCAUCAAAGUUUUUCUCUGAUUACUCCAAUUUUUUAUUUCAGACUACGUGCAUCGAGUCUUUGGAAACCGGAGUUAAAAUCAAAAAUUUGCAAGCCGAUGCGAGAUUUGUUGGAUUGAAAGAAGCUACAAAGUUGAGAAUCAUGAAUCGUUUGCUGGAUUUUUUCUAA